AUUUGCACUUUUUUGUAAAGACUUAAAAUAUGAUUUAAAUAUUCUUUGUACCUCCAACAACUCCAAAGCAUUGAAAAGCAUUGAACUAUGUAAUGAAUAUAAUGUCUUGGCAUUAUUGUAAAAUAUAUCUGUAGUAUUGUGUACUAUGUAUACCACUGGCUUAUUUAAAAAAAAAAAAAUUGUCUGACGCAGGUGUUCAUUGACGGGUCCUUAAACAAGCCCUCAUAAUAAAUCUCAAACUGAUUGACAAAUUAAAUUGUGAAAUGGAUGGUAAACCUCAUCUUUUCUCAUUGCUUUUCUUUUUGCGAUGUGGGACUUGAGAAAAAAGCAGUACUAAAAACUGGAGUAUGUGAUCGUCCUCAUAGCACACUCGCUCCAAUGUUUACCUCUCAUGCUGUCACCACAGACAGGUAAAUACUCCUGUGGAGGUCUGAGUAACCCAGUCUCAUCAAGGAGGUCGUUGGAGGUGUUAUUGCAAGACUCAUUACAGCUGUCCUUGUUAAGUAUCUCAAUCAGUGAUGCCUUUCAACAUUGAUCCUGCUAAUUGGAGAAGUUUCAGAGGACCUCCACAGACCUCUAAUGUUGCCUUUGGCUAUAAGAUAAUACAGAGAGAAUCAUCAAGUGUGAUUGCAAGUGAUCCUUUAAUUCAAAUCAAUCAAGAUCUAAGAGGACAAAUUUAUAGCUGUUCUGUUGCACAAAGAACCUGCUCACAACUAAACAUAAGAGUGCCUUCUGAAGCCUUCAACAUGUCUCUUGGACUUUCCAUGACUCAGGAUCUCUUUAAAGGCUCUUCAAAAUUGGCUAUUUGUGGUCCAACCAUACCAAAAAGUUGUCCAGGAGUUACCACCUACAAUGGCAUGUGCUUUUUUAGUGAAAACAAUUUUGACACAACUAUACCACAGGUUUUGAGAGGGUGCCCUGGUCAGAUUGAUAUUGGUUUUUUGUUGGAUGGCUCUGGGAGUGUAACCGCUUAUGAUUUUAUAAAGAUGAAGAAUUUUGUGAUUAACAUGAUUCAACGUUUCACUGGACGUGAUGCACAGUUUGCUAUUGCACAGUACUCUUACAGUACUGUUAUUCACUACAACUUCAAUCAACUCAAAGAUGGCAUGUGGAAUAGAAAUAUUAUGGAUAUACAGCAGUUGACAGGAGGAACCUACACUGCAACUGCCAUAAUCAAACUUCUGAACGAUCUAUUUACAAACACUGGAGGGGCAAGAGCAGCAGCAAAACAAAUCUUGCUUGUCAUUACUGAUGGAGAAUCAAAUGACAGAGACAGGCUUCAAAAAGCUGCAUCAGAUGCACAGGCAAAGAGCAUCACUCGAUUUGCUAUUGGGGUUGGCAAUGCUUUUAAUAAUCCGCAAGCAAAAUGGGAGUUGAAUACAAUUGCAUCUGAUCCAGACAGUGACUAUGUGUUUAAAGUGACAAAUUUUGAUGCAUUGAAUAAUAUUCUUCAAAAACUGGAAGAGAACAUUAUUGCCAUAGAAGGAACCCAGACUUCCGGUGACUCCUCCAAAAUGGAAUUUGCCCAGGAUGGAUUUAGCACAGCUUUCUCAUCAUAUGGAAGUGUGUUACUGAGUACUGUGGGAGCUUAUCAGUGGAAAGGUGGAUUUGAGGAAUACGUUCAAACAAAUCAUUUUCAUUCAGGCACUGAGCAUGACAGUUAUUUAGGCUAUUCAAUGGCUACUGCAAGAGUGUCAAGCUUUGACUUCGCAUAUCUUGGAGCUCCAAGAUACAAGCAUCAAGGACAAGUCAUUGUUAAACAACUCUAUGGCAAUAUGCAAACAUCGACGCUGGAUUCCCCCCAGCCUCAGAUUGGGUCAUAUUUUGGAGCUGAGGUGUGUGUGGUGGAUUUGAACUCUGACUCCAACACAGACCUCCUGCUGGUUUCAGCACCAACAUAUACAAUGGCUGACAGGGAGGGCAAAGUGUUUGUCUAUGCACUCAGUCCACGCAGGCCUUAUGCUAGUUUUUUGGGUACGGUCCUGAUAGGCAUGGCAGGACAAUGGGGAAGAUUUGGCUCUUCUCUGGCCAGUCCAGCAGAUCUGAAUGGAGAUGGUUUCAGGGAUGUGCUGAUUGGAGCUCCAUUAGAAGAAGAUAGGCAGGGCAGCAUCUACAUAUUCAAUGGUAGAAAUGGAGUGAUCAGUUCAACAUACUCACAGAGGAUUGUGGGAUCAUCUGUAGAACAAGGUUUGCAGUACUUUGGGAUUUCAUUAAGUCAGUUAUCUCUAGACCAAAGUGGAGACAACCUACCUGACAUUGCUGUUGGAUCAAUGGGAGCAAUUCUGCUUCUCAGGUCCAGACCCAUUAUGCGCUUGGAAACAAAGGUAAUUUACAGCCCAUCUAAAAUCCCAACCAGUGAAUCAGACUGCCCAAAGACACUGGCAAGCACUCUGAAAGUGUGCUUCACCAUGAGAGCAUACAAUCAUGCUAUAACAGAUUUGGCUGCAAAUAUUAAUUACACCAUAAAGCUGGAUGCCAAGCGAGAAAAAUUUCGAGCAUUCUUUUCGCCCCAAAACCGCGUCCUCGGUGAUAAGAUGACUAUUAAGAAGACGGAAAUCUGCAACGAUCAUCAUUUCUUCAUAGAUGUUUGUUCAGAAGAUGCACUGAACCCGUUGUCCAAUCAGUUAACUUUCAUAUUUGAGGGCAUUCCAUCUAGCAUGCAACGCUUGAGGCCAAUACUCCUACCAGAGAUAAAGAACACUACGGAUUACAAUUUGGAUUUUGAGAUAAACUGUGGAACUGAUAACGUCUGUGUCGAUGAAAUCAGAAUGGAUUUCAAUUUCUCUGGAUCUACAAAUAUAGAGGUUGGGAAUAUGCAGGAGAUUAAUGUGACCGUGUUUGUGGAGAACAGAGGAGAGAACUCAUACAACACUGACUUCACCCUCAAAUACCCCUUUGGACUUUCCUACAGGAGAAUCACCUCGAAACAGGGCAGAGUGGAGUGUACAUCGGAUGAUGGUGAGCAAGGGGUUUCACUGGGAGAGACCAUCUGCCACAUCAGUAGCCCCAUCUUCAAAACCAAUGCUCAGGCUGUGUUUGAGAUUACAUACAUUAUUAAUAAAGAAAGUAUGUUUGGCCAAAAUGUGACAUUUAGUGCUUUGAUCAAAAGUGGGAAUAUACACUCUGCCAACAGUCAAUUGUCCAAAGAGAAAACCAUUGGUGUAAAAUAUGCCAUCUACAUUGCCUUGAUAAGGCAUGAAAAUACCAGCAUCCACAUUAAUUUUACAGCAGGGAAAAAUCAACUUCAGAGACCAGUGCAACAAAUAUUAAAGGUUGAAAAUGAACUAAGAGAAUUAAUGUUCAAAGUUUUCAUCAGAGUUCCAGUAAAACUGGGAGAUAUUGACAUCUGGAAAAAUUCUAAUUUACAAAUUCCAGACUGUAAGAAGAUGAAGCUAGAGCAACCUGUAGUUACCAAUUUUAUGGAAGUUAUCAAAAAGCAACGUGUGGUGAACUGCUCUGUGGCAGCGUGUGAAGUGUUCAGUUGUGAUGUAAAUCUCCUGAAACAUGAAAAGAAACUCUAUUUUCUAUCUGACAAUGUGAGCUCUGGAUGGAUUGAGCAGACUGGGCUCAGAGCUGCUGUUUUUCAGUUGAUCAGUACAGUAUCUAUGGAUUAUGACAGGAGCAAAUACGUUUUCUUCUCCACUGAUUCUCAACACACUGCUCCAACUGUCCAGAUUAAUACCCAAGUGGAGGUGUAUGAGGAGGUGGACCUCACAAAAGAGAUCAUUGGUGGAGUAAUCGGUGGACUGCUGCUUAUGGCUCUCAUCACAUUAGCUCUUUAUAAGGCUGGGUUCUUCAAAAGCCAAUACAAGCAGAUGCUGCAAGAUGCACAGGGGGAGGAGCCAGCACAAUAAUGUCAACAUCUACAAAUGUAGUCAAAAUUUUAGUUAUAAGUUUUAUGAGAAGUUCUAAGAUACUGUAUAAAUUGUAUUCUGUAAACUAGGUGAUAGUUUGCUUAAAGGGAUAGUUCACCCAAAAAUGAAAAUUCUCUCAUCAUUUAUUCACCCUCAUGCCAAGUCACGUAUAUGAAUUUCUUUCUUCUUCUGAAAACAAUCAAAGAUUUUUUAGAAGAAUAUCUAAACUCUGUAGGUCCAUACAAUGUAAGUGAAUGGUGAUCAAAACUUUGAAUCUCCAAAAAUCACAUAAAACCAUCAUAAAAGUAAUCUAUACUACUCCAGUGGUUAAAUCCGUUUCUUCAGAAGUGAAAUGAUAGGAGUGAAUGAGAAACGGUUCAGUGUUUUAGUCAUUGAUCUGUUUUAGUCCUGAAAAUAUGGAUAUAAUCACCAGAGUCUACCAGAGAUUUCUUUUAUGCUGCCUUUGUGGUUUUGGAAAUUCACAUUUCUGGACACAAUUCACUUGCAUUGUAUGGAGAUACAGAGCUGAAAUAUUAUCUAAAAAAAUCUUUAUUUUUGUUCUGCCGAAGAAGAAAAGAAACACAUCUGGGAUGGCAUGAGGGUGUAUUUAGAAAUGACAUCAGAAAUGACAUGAUGAGAGAAUUUUCAUUUUUGGGUGAACUAUCCAUUUAAAUAUUGAUUAGUUUUGUUGUUUCGUAACAUAUGAUCUCUUUAAUCACGGGAAGUAAGACAUUUAUUUGGCCUGCUUUAAAACAUUUUAUUAGGAAGAAAACUAAACAAAUCUUGAGCUUAUUGCUAAUCAUUGCAUCAUGAGUGGAUCAGUGAGGUCAACGAGUUACCACCAAGAAAAUAUUUGGCUUCUUUUGUGUUAGAAAACUGAUUAAAAACGUGUGAACCAUUACAGAAAUAUUUGACUGCUUAUGCAGGGUUGUUUCUCUCUUUUUUUACAGCUUGGAAAUUUCUUUUUCUGUUUCUAAGUAGAUUUCCAGAUAAAUGGUAUUUUGAGCUCUGGUUGUAUUUUGGGGAGAAAAAAAAGGUUAUUGUACCGGCUUCAUACUUCACAUGCUAAACUGCUUCUUUUCAAUGUUUAUAUUAUUAUGAGUGAAGUGUAAAAAGUGUAAUACAAAAUUCAAAGAUUUAUAAAUAAAGUAUUACAUCAAA